CAGCGAGCGGUGGGGGAUCAGCAAGAGACAAAUGGUGCGCGUGUGGCUUCGUCCCUGCGCGUCUGCGAUCGUUGCGCUGGGUCGUGCGGUUCCUAGCGCCAAGACUGCAGUGCUGCGUGCACAGAUCCCGCGCUCAUUGGCCACGCACAAUGACACGUCGCUUCUGAUUGGCAGUGUGCGCUCGCUGUCCUCCAAGGGCAAGGACGACGACAAGAAAGAAUUUAAGAAGAAAUCGACAUUCGAUAAAUUUGAGGAGGACAACGACUUGACGGAGGUGCCCGAAGAGGUGAAAUACCUGAGCCAGCAGUUGGAUGAGAAGGACCUUCAGUUCUCGGAGGAACUUGACUUUGAUGACGACGAUGAGGAUGAUGAGGACGCUGCGCUCAGUCCUGCCGAGUGGGCCGAGAAAUUCGAGCGCGACGUUGCUGAGUGGGACCAGGAAGAGGGAGACUACGACGAGGACAGCUUGGCAAACGUCUCUGCUGAGGGAGUCGAGGACGACCGCCUCUACGUUGAAAUGCCUGGAUACGACGCGUCGCUGAGCCUUGCAGAGAGUCAAAUUGGCGUCAACGAGGACCAAAGUGUCCCCGAUCCGUUCAAGAAAUGGGAGCAGGGCAUGGCGAAGGAAAAGACCAAACCGUGGAAGUAUCUCGUGGCUGCUAACCACCCGGACGUUGUGGAGCUGGCUCUUGACGUGGACCUGCUGCGUCUCUUCAUUUCCCCAACGGGACGCAUUCGUCCUCGUCGGUUCACUGGUCUGACGGCCAAGCAGCAGCGUAAACUGGCACAGGCGAUCAAGAUCUCGCGUCAAAUGGCAUUGUUGCCGUAUCUGUCGCGAUACCCGGAGCCUACGCCCGAGCAGUGGAAGGCAAUUGACGAAGAAAUCAUCGCAGCCGCAGAGCUCGAGGACGACAAGGACGAUGUGCUCGAUGACGACGAGGACGAGGACUUCGAUGAGGACUUCGAGUAUGAUUAG